CUAUUCGACAUAAUAAAUUUUUAGAUUUUUCGUAUCUGAAACUCAUGCGCGGUCACUAAAAAAGGAAUUUUAGUUUAAUUUCAACUGUUGAAAUUUACUUAAUUUUUUUAUUUGCAGAUGCUGUCACUGUGAUGUUAAAAGACUCAAAAACUACAUCUACAUUGUGCACUACGCACACACCGGCACCACGUCGUCAUAUGCUGCCAUUGUACUUGUCAUAUACAUCACCACAGCGAGAACUGAGACCGGUACGCGUUCAUACUGAAGAACCGUCAGUUGCAGCGCGCUGGUUAAGUGAAGACACACAUAGGCAUUUGCUUGGGAUUCCCAUAUCACCUGGAGAUAUUAUUACCGCUCACUCUGAUGUAGUAGUAGGCAAACCGGCGAUUUUAGGUCCACCACGACGACCAUACUCCUUUUUGGAAAUCCGAAAAUCCCCGCUAGUGUCUAAUAUGGAUCUUCCGCCUAAGCCAUCAUCAGUAAAUUUAAAAGGCUCGCAAGUUUUGAAAAUACUGCUAGCGCCAGAUGGAGCGGAAGGACGGGCUUCAGAACGCUAUGAAGUUUUAAAACCACCCGAUAGUUUUGUGCAACCUCCUCCUGUUCCGAAAACAGAAAUUGUCCCUUUUUCUAUUCAUCAUCAUCCCGUGAAUGUAAUUCGUCAGUCGCCAAAGAAUGUUCAAAUACCUUCACGUACAACCAUUCAAACCAUACUGUUCAAAACAAGAACCACACCUCGCAGGUCUCGCCAAACUCCACGACCAUACUCUGCUAUUUCAAGAAUUACAACACCAAGAAUUAAAACGAAGCAUAAUACCACGGUGAUGGAUCCCACAAGCAAGCACAUGAGUGAGGACAAGAUUGAAAGCAUUAGCAGUAUCAACAGUUUCAGUAUUACAUCAACUGCUCAGAAAAUAAGAACAUCGCAGCCUACUGAAAAGUCAAUAACAACGUUUACAGUUAAUAAGUCCAUAGAUCUAUGGAAUGAUAAAUCUACGGCUUCUGAGAGAUUAAUCAAUUCGACACAUUUUAUAUCAAAGACUAGUCUCCCUGUAACCUCUAAACAUUUACCAUCUGCUAAAUUUACGAACAGUAUAGUGGUUCCAUCGGAAAUAAGUAUAGUGUCUACAAACAAAUCACCCCAAAUUAUUAAACUCACGUCAACUACAGAAUCACAGCCAGUCAUUUUCCAUACUACACGUAACCCUGCAACACUUGGACCAAACACGAAAAUGUCAGAAAUUCGCAAGCCAACAACAGAAACUCCUUCGUCAAUAGAAAUGAUAGUGGGUACAGCUAGUCGUUCCAGGCCUUUUGUACACAUCGGAGAGUCACCACCAGCGCGAGAUGAACAAGCAUUGCCUGAGGUAAGCCACGCAAUGCUUGGCGAUAUACUGAUGGCAUCUACACCGACCACAACUGAAACGGCUUAUGAAUUAGAUUGUUGGCCUCCUUGCCGUUCAGAUCGCAACGAAGUAUGUAGACAAAGCAGUACAUUUUCUAAGUGCGCAUGUCGUGCUGGAUUUGCGCGAAUGUUCCCGGAUCGGCCAUGUCGACCUACAUACACAUACGCCAUGGGCAUGCGCUUAGGGCGCUUGGGUGGCGCAAAACUGUUUUGGGAUUCUGCGUUAAUCAAUAAUUCUUCGGCACGUUUCCAUCAUAUGCAAACUUUGGCGCAUGAAGCACUUGAGCGUGCUGCCAUGCAGUCCGACUUACAUGAUAUAUAUUAUGGUUUAAUUGUCAAUGGAUUUGAACCUGAUAAAAAUGCAGGCGUGAUAUGGGUUUACUUUCGCUUACAACUGAGUGAUAACAGCGAUGAGAGACGUCUGCAAGAUAUAUUUAAGAAGUAUUUGCGCUCUAGUGAUCUUAAUUUGGGUGGCACAGAACUUUUCGCCGCUGAUUUAUCCAUAGUGGCUGUGGAUUUUGAUGAGUGUCGCUAUGCGGUACUACAUGACUGCUCGCCAGACGCAAUUUGCUUUAAUCUACGUGGUACUUACACUUGCGGUUGCCGAGAGGGAUUCAUUGAUGUGUCUGAAAAUACUCUCUACCCUGGUCGUCAUUGUUCAGCGGAACCUAUAGGAUGCGCUACCUGCACUUUUCAUGGUAUAUGUGUACCACCUCCGGAUAACAGGGCGGUUGCACGUUGUGAGUGCUUUGCUUGGUACAGCGGAACUACAUGUCGUGUCAAUUUGAAAGCAUUACUCAUUGCCCUUGCAACUCUAGCCGCUAUUCUAGUCUGUAUACUCAUAGGCUGUAUUAUGACUACAGAACGAUGUUCAACCCGGCGACAUUGCGGUACACUCAUUGUUCCAGUUAUGAGUUUGCGAUCUCGAAAAGUAGAUUGUCGAGCUAUUGUGGAUAAUGCUAGUGAAACAAGCGAUGAUGUAAUACAACCUAGUGACAAUGAGCAAGCUCUAACAGUUAUGAUUCCACGGGCUAAGUAUCAGUCGCGACAGAGCGUCUCUAGUCUGUGCAAUCCGAAGCUACUUAACUACCUCGAUGUCAGUCUCACAAAUUCAGCAUCAUCUAAACAAGAAAAUUUUGCAGGGGCGUUAGUAUCAGCGGGCUUUGAGGUAAGCGCAAUUGUAGGUGAAUCUGACUGGCAAGAAAAUUAUCAGUCCGAAGUACGUUCUUACGACGAAACUACAGUACAGCCGCCUACUAAAUGUCUUCAGAAAGAUGUUAAUAUAGUAGAGCAAGACACGAGUUCUACCGUGUUGUUGCCACACACACAUCUUUACUAUCCGCCCGACAAAACAAGCGACAUCUCAGGCUUUGACUCAGUAUAAUGAUGCCACCACCACGCGACUGUGUGCCAAAUUAUGAUGCUCAUUGUGUUCUUUUUCAUUUUCUUUUUUUGUAAUAUACAAAUGUAGCUUCUGGAACGAUAUUGUCCUUAAGCCUUUCAAUUUAUUGGAAGAUACAGCAAAGAUACACAGACUUUUUGGAUAGCGAAAAAGUCUAGCAAUAGUGUGCAGUUUUGUAAGUUAAUAUUACAAAUAUUAAAGUCAAACCAUUCAUUCACAGUAAUUAGAAAUAUUUAGUUAUUUUCUACAUCUCAUCUCUGGAUACGUUUAUUUUAUUUUCCACGUGAAUCGCAAAAUCGCAUUGUAAAAUUCUUUCAUGUUGACAUUAGAACACAUUCGCGGAAUAAGAAUAAUUAUUUUCAGAAUUUUGAUUUCGAAAUGCGCAGUUUUAUAUGGAACUCACAAAACUAGCUCAUAAUGAAAAUAAAAAAGCUUAAGUCAGGAACCAAAUGUGAGAUUUAGCGUACUGUUUGCGCAAAGAUAUUGGCAAGAAUGAGAUUAUAAUCGUUCCCUAAAAAAUGUCUCUGUAAUAUGUUCCGCUAAAAUAGGAGGACAUUUUAUUAAAAGUUUUACUCGUGACUCCAAACACAAAUUCUGUUAGAUACGUAACAUUUUUUCCGUUUUACUUAAAAGGAAAGGAUUUUAUUAAACUGUCGUUGUGGAACUCUUUUUGUCUAAACUUUAAAGGAAAUUUGGAAGUAAUACUUGAUUAACUUGAUCUGUAGUUACGUUAUUAAAGUACGAAUUAUUGUACGAGUACUGUUUCAUUACAAAACAAACAACUUUUUCAUUAUCCUGUAGUGCGUUACUGUAAUAAACCACAUUCAUCUUCCCCUCUGCGUUGAUUUGAAAAUGUAUAUAAAUUAAAUAUAGACUUGUACCUUUA